AGCUUUGACAAACCGAUUCCAUUCUUAAUGUUUAGUUGAAUGGGUAAAAAAAAUAGAAAAAUUCAAUAGUGUAGAUGAUUUUGGUUUCCAUCUCUAAACGAGAAGUUUCUUCGCGAUAUCCUCUUAUAAAUAUAUCGCCAUAUGCAUGGGACUUUUCGACAGAAAAUUUCCUCUUAAUAGUUACAUUCAUAGAAACUGUGAUCUUUGGUGGACAUGGAGAUUCUGUAUUACACGAUUGGGUUGUGUUGUGCUACUGUGUUACUGAUAUACACAGGGAGAAUCGUGAACCUGGUUUGGUUUAAGCCAAAGAAGAAAGAAAAAUGGCUGAGACAGCAAGGUCUUAAAGGAAAUUCUUACAGAUUCCUCUAUGGAGAUCUCAAAGAUAUCUCAAUGAUGAUCCAAAAAGCAAAAUCCAAGCCAAUCAAUCUCUCAGAUGAUAUCAAGCCAACCAUCAUACCUUUCUAUCUCAAAGCAUUGAAGGAAUAUGGUACCAACUCCUUCAUAUGGCUCGGGCCACGACCAGCAGUUAUAAUCACGGACCCUGAACUCAUAAAGGAGGCACUAUCGAAGAGUUACAUCUAUCAGAAGCCAAAAGUUGUGAAUCCACUGGGCAAGCUACUUGCACGAGGAGUAUUAACCUGCGAGGCAGAGAAAUGGGCUAAACACAGAAAAAUCAUCAAUCCUGCUUUUCAUCUAGAGAAGUUGAAGCUUAUGCUGCCGGCUUUCCACUUGAGUUGUGAUGAGAUUUUGAGCAAAUGGGAACAAAGUCUAUCUCCACAAGGAUCGAUGGAGUUGGAUGUGUGGCCUGAUUUACAAAAUUUAACUGGUGAUGCAAUAUCAAGAACGGCAUUUGGUAGUAGCUACCAAGAAGGAAGAAGGAUAUUCAAACUUCAGAGUGAACAGACCGAACACACCAUCAAGGUUAUGCAGUCGAUGUAUUUUCCAGGAUGGAGGUUUGUUCCGACCAAGAGGAACAAAAGAAUGAAGGAAAUUGAAAAGGAAGUUCAAGCAUCAAUUAGAGAUAUGAUAGAUAGAAGACUGAAGGCAAUGGAAGCGGGAGAAGCACGUAAUGGUGACUUAUUGGGUAUAUUGUUGGAGUCCAAUUUCCAAGAAAUCGAACAACGCGGAAACAAGAGUUUUGGAAUGAGCAUAGUCGAGGUUGUAGAAGAAUGCAAGCUCUUCUAUGUUGCUGGACAGGAGACCACUUCUGUUUUGCUCGUCUGGGCAUUGGUUCUAUUGAGUACAAAUUCAGACUGGCAGACGAGGGCUAGAAAAGAGGUCUUGCAAGUAUUUGGCAGUAAAAAACCACAUUUUGAAGGGUUAAAUCACUUGAAAAUCCUUACCAUGAUUUUGUACGAGGUCAUGAGACUGUAUCCACCAGUACCAGCGCUUUCUCGACAGAUUCAAAAAGAUACAAAAUUGGGGGAACUAUUACUCCCAGCUGGAACACAGGUUUCAUUACCAACAGUCUUAUUACAUCAUGAUCACGAAGUAUGGGGAGAGGACGCAAUGGAGUUCAAACCGGAGAGAUUUAGUGAAGGAGUGACGAAGGCGCAAAAGAAACCAGGCUUGUAUUUCCCAUUUGGAUGGGGACCUCGGAUUUGCGUUGGACAAAACUUCGCCAUGUUAGAGGCAAAAAUGGCAAUGGCUAUGAUUCUGCAACGCUUCUCUUUUGAGCUUUCACCGUUGUAUACACACGCUCCUCACAUGAUUUUAACUCUUCAACCUCAGCAUGGAACUCACAUAAUUCUGCACAGGAUAUAGCCUGGACAAGUCAUGACUUCAUCUAGCUUAUAAUAUUAGUCAUUUGCAUAGUCCCCUACGGGUAAAUAAUAUGAAAUUUCGAUUGUAUCCGAUCUUUCUGUUUGUAGAAUAUACUGAUGGGGUUAUCAAUUGUUAAUUUUAAUGUGUAUGUAUAUUUUUACUAUGUUAAGUAGAGUAUGUGGGAUUCACUUUUCUAUAUGAAAUUAUUAAGCUUACUAUUAA